AUGCCGACAGCAAUGACAGGAUCCUGGUUCCCCAGCGGCUUUCAUGGGCACUAUAGAAGCCACCUUCGGAAUGAUAUUUGCCAAGAAUACCGUAUGGAGGCCAGGCCUCCACCCCCGAAGGCCUUCGCCCAGCGAAUUAAAGACAAUCCAACUAAACAUACAUUUUCAAAACACGACAACCGUAAUAGUUUCCCCAACUGUGUUUUUACUUUUGACAAUGGCUUGGGCAAGAAAAAGCUUCUGCAGCAAAGAGAGUCUCACAACUUUACCUACUGGAAGCCACUGGAAGAGGAGUUAAGAAGACAGAGGCCUCUUAUCAGCACUUACCAGACAGAAUUCUGGAGAGUGGACGAUGUUCCCAGGAGGUCACCUCAGCUUCUGGUUCCCCGUUUGACAGCUUCGUGUUCUGCAGUGACCACUUAUAGGGACAUGAGGAAAAGCCAUGCUAAUCUGAAAUCCUCCGAGCACUCAGCUUUGACAGACGUCCCACAGAUCUCUAACAACACCAGAGCAGGAACGGAGGAGAUCUCACUAAGAAGAGCUAAGUCUGCACCUUACAAUCGGCUCACCGUUUCUGAUUGUCUUGUUUGGUGUGCUCCGGGAACAGCUAAACAUGAAAGCGUGCAGAAUAUAGGAACAACAUAA